AUGGCUUCGCUGGCCAGCACCACUUCAGGCACGGACGAUGGCGUCCGUAGGAAGCCUCGCCUGGCAGCCUCGCUACAGAUCAACCCGGGUCCUUGGAGGCCCUCAGCCAGCCUGGGCCAAGACACCUGGGGGCCCCUGCCUGACCCCGGUGCAGAGGAGGACAGGGAGCGGAGAGAGCAGCCCCAGGCCCCACUGGAGGCGGUGGCAGCGGCAGGGGAUGGUGGGUCGGGGGCAGGCGCUGGAGUCGGGCAGCUCGGGGCAGUGUGGGCUCGGGAAGACCCUGGGGUGGCCGUGGGGAGGUCCUCGAGGGUCUCUGUCCCACCUGCAGGGCCUGCUGGGGACUUCCCGCCGGCUGUCCAGCAGCUGAGCCUGCCGCUCAGAGACCCGCCGCCUGGCCAGGCCGUAGCCUUGCUGGAGCAGUGCGCGGCCAGGCUGGGCCUCGCCCUCACCUUCCGCGAGGACCAGAAAGCAGGUCCCUGUUUUCCCUUCUCUACGUGCGUGGAACUGGAUGGGGUGGUCUGCCCUGUAGGCACCGCAAGCAGCAAGACAGAGGCCAAACAGCAGGCGGCACUCUCUGCCCUCCGCUACAUCAAGAGUCAGCUAGAGAGCCCAGAGCCCCCUGGGACCCCCAGCCCGCUUCCACUCACCUCCCCGAGUGUAGAGAACAUCCUGACCCACGAGCAGCGCUGUGCGGCUGUCGUCAGUGCCGGGUUGGAUCGCCUGCUGGAUGAGGACUCGCCAUACCAGGCCUGCAAGGGGACUGUGGCUGCAGUCAUCCUGGAGAGGGAGAUCCCAGGCUCCAGGGGCCACACCAAGGAGACCUAUGAGCUGGUGGCACUGGGGACAGGCAACGGCAGCUGUGCUGGCUGGCUGGAGUUCUCAGGCCGGCAGCUUCAUGACUGCCAUGGUCUGGUCAUUGCCCGCAGGGCCCUGCUGAGGUUCUUCUUCCGGCAGCUCCUGCUAGCCACUCAGGGAGGUCCCAAGGGCAAGGAGCGGUCCGUGUUGGUCCCCCAGCCUGGGCCCGGACCCCCCUUUGCCCUCAAGCCCCAGAUCUUCUUGCACCUGUACGUCAGCAACACUCCCAAGGGAGCGGCCCACGAUGUCUACCUGCCGUUGUCCUCGGAGGACAGUGUUCUGAAUAACCCGGCCUUCCGCCUGCAGGCCCACGUCUGUGGGCAGCUGAAGCCGGUGUCCUAUGUGGCCCCUGCCCUCCGCGACACCCACGUGGGCUGCCUGUCAGCCAGUGACAAACUGGCGCGCUGGGCUGUGCUGGGGCUGGGUGGUGCACUGCUUGCUCACUUCCUGCCACCACUCUAUGCCACCAGCCUCGUCCUGGCUGACCCCUGCCAUGACCCCCCUACACUGAGAAGGGUCAUUCAUGCCCGGCCCAGCCUAGACAGUGCCUUGGGGUCGUGCCUGCCCCCUCCUUACGUCCGCACCAACCUACACCUGUUUUCAGGGCCCCCAGUGGCCCCCUCCAGCCCUGUCCCCAGCACCUGCCAGGGUCUCAGCCUCAACUGGAGCCUGGGAGACCCUGACAUUGAAGUUGUGGAUGUGGCCACCGGGCGUGUAAAGGCCAACGCUGCCCUUGGGCCUCCUUCACGCCUCUGUAAGGCUGCCUUUCUGGGGGCCUUUCGCCAGGUUGCCCGUGCUCGGAAGCCACACCUCCUGGCCCUGCAGACCUAUGAGGCUGCCAAGGCCGGACCCUACCAGGAGGCUCGUCAGCAGCUGUCUCUCCUUUUGGACCAGCAGGGCCUGGGAGCUUGGCCCUCAAAGCCACUUGUGGGCAAGUUCAGGAACUGA